CUUUCGAGCAGCAGUUCGAUCAUUUAGUCUUUUUUCUUUUAUAUCAGUAUAAACACUAUAGUAAAGUAAUAUGGCAGACGAAGAAGAUCCAUGGGGUUUCGAUGACGGUGGCGAUUCUGAGCCGGCGGCUGCCUCGAAGGAGGCAUCCAACCAGGGAACCCCGGCCCCACCUUCAAAGGCGCCGAGUGUGGCUUCCGAUCACAAGGCCGACAGCGUGGUGGCAGGAACUCCGGCGAACGAGGAGGCUGCUGCUGGGGAAAUCGAGGAAAUCAAACCGCCACCACCUCCGCCAGAAGACGAUGGCUAUAGGAAACCAGUGCAGUUGUACCGACACUGGGUCAGGCCAAAGUUUCUCCAAUACAAAUAUAUGUACAACUACAGAACCAAUUAUUAUGAUGAUGUAAUUGACUAUAUUGAGAAAAAACAAACUGGAGUGACUCGGGAAAUACCAAGACCCCAGACGUGGGCGGAACGUGUCCUGCGCACACGAGAUAUCAGUGGCAGUGACAUUGGUUCGUAUGCACCAGCAAAGAGGGACAAACAAUUAAUCCAAACACUGGCGGCCUCGAUAAGAACUUAUAAUUACCACACCAAGGCAUACAUCAACCAAAGGUAUGCCAGUGUCCUUUAGAAAGUGCACUUAAAUGUAAUAAUAGAACCGUCUCAAAAGAUGAAUACUCGUAGCUAUAAAAAAUCUUACAAAUUUUAAACGAUUACAUAUAGUCAGUCAGUAAGCGUCUGUAUAUCUGCGCAACUCUUUACUUUUUUCGGUAAAACUUUUCAAAAAACAAAGAAUUUAUUUUGUAUACACGUAGCUUCUGUUAAUAUAUUUUUAUACAUAUUUAUAUAUAUUAACACAACUUACCUCACAAUACCUGGUAUUUAUAAGAUUAUUUACUUCAUUUGUAGAAAAGUAAAUAAAUUGAACAACUUAUUUCUAUUAUAAAGCUUAAAAUAUAAAACUGUGCAAUAAAUAAAAAUAAAUAA